AUGGUUGCUCCUGGUGACGUCGCCCCUGCCGGCGAGGGGCUGCUCUAUGCCGAGUACUUGCCGCCCUCGGCCAAACGAUCAGACGCCGACAUCAACCACGGACUGGCAAGAAGUUUAAUAGCUGUAGGACUGGGUGUUGCAGCCUUUGCAUUUGCAGUCUAUGGAACUCAAGUAUCGAGCUUUUCACCCUACUAUAAAGGAGGAUUUGAACAGAAAAUGAGUAGACGAGAAGCUAGUCUUAUUUUAGGUGUAAGCCCAUCUGCUGACAAGGCCAAGAUUAGAACAGCCCACAGGAGAAUCAUGAUUUUGAACCACCCAGAUAAAGGUGGGUCUCCUUAUUUAGCAGCCAAAAUAAAUGAAGCUAAAGACUUACUGGAAUCAAGCAUUAAACGCUAA